AUGUCAUCUCCACAAGACGGGGCAGUCCCGCCGCCCGCCGAAGUUAUGUCAAUCGCAUCGCCGAUUAACCUCCUUCUUCUCUCCCUCUUCGCCGUUCUGGUGUACAUGCAAUUCCGACCAAAAGCGCCUGUAACUCUUCCCAAGGGUCCUGCGCCCAUCGUCUUCCGCACGUUCACCCCCACUACUCUGCUCGAAUUCAACGGUGUCGAUGGAAAGCCCGUCUAUCUAGCCGUCCGCGGUCGCGUCUUCGAUGUAUCCCCCGGCAGGAACUUCUACGGACCGGGUGGCCCCUACGAGAACUUCGCUGGCCGAGACGCAUCCCGUGGAUUGGCCUGCCAGAGCUUCGACGAGGAGAUGCUUACUAAGGAUCUGAAAGCUCCUUUGGAUGACCUCAAGGAUCUUGAUGCGGAAGCGUUGGAAAAUCUCCAGUCUUGGGAGGAGCGCUUUUUGGAGAAGUAUUUGGUUGUGGGUAAAUUGGUUGCUGAAGGAGAUCCGGAGGCUCCGAAGGCAUAG